CCCCGUAGCUGCCUAAGUUCCUGGAUACAUGUCAACUGCUAGCCAGCAAAGCUGUAAACAGCGGCAACUGUUAAAACAUUAGAACCGCAGGGAUGUCGCUCAGCUUUAUAGACUCUGUAUGUGAGUGAGGGAGCUUGUCUGUUGAUGGAGGACUUCAGGCGGGCCUACAUGCAGCUCUGUAAGGAGGCUGGGGUGGAGCCCCAGGAGUCAGUCCUGGCUCAACUGCAGGGGACGCGAGCGGCAGCUGGAGGAACCAGGCUGGACCUAAGUGGUCAGAGUCUGACCGUGGAGUCUUGUGCCGUGCUGGGAAGGACGCUGCAGAAGGACACGCUGUUCACUGAGCUCGGCCUCAGUGACUGCAUGCUUAGUGAAGAAGGUGCCAAGCUUUUCCUGAGUGGGCUGUGUUCCAAUACCACAGUAAAAGUCCUGGAUCUUAAGGGGAAUAACUUAAGAGGAGCCGGAGCAGAAGCUUUGGGGAAAUUGUUGGUGAGGAAUAAGACGUUACGAAGGCUUGUUUUGGAGUGGAAUGCUCUCGGGAUGUGGGAAGAGGGGUUUUCUAUAUUCUGUGAGGGUCUCGCAUCUAACAGUUGCCUCACUCAGCUAGACCUGCGUAACAAUCAAAUCAACCAUCAGGGGGCAGCUGAGCUUGCCUUAGCUCUGAAACGAAACUCUGUCCUCCAAGAGCUUGAUCUGCGGUGGAAUAACAUUGGCCUCCUGGGAGGUCGAGCCUUGAUGGACGCUCUGCAGCAGAACCGCUCUCUCCUCCAGCUGGAGAUGGCCGGCAACAACAUCCCCAGUGACAUCCUCAGAUCCAUCGGUCAGACAAAUACAGCAGAUACAAAGCAGUCUAUGGAGCACAGCUCAGAUCGUCAGUCCACUAUGAGAGAGAGCCGCUCUAGAACCCAUGUGCUCAGCAAGGAGAUCCAGAUCUUAAAGGAGGAGAAGGGACGGCAGUUUCUAAGCCUCAUGGAGACCAUUGAUAAACAAAAGGAUGAAAUGGGGAGAAGCAGCAGAAACUCAUCCAUUCGCGUGGGCCAACUUCAGGAAGCUCUGAGCGAACGGAAAUCAACCGUGAAUGCCCUCACAGCCAAGCUGCAGAUGACGGAGGCGGCUCUAGCGAUGUCUGAGCAGAAGGUCAAUAACCUGGGAGACCUGCUGACCAGAGUGAAGCUGGAGAAGACUGAGCUUAUGGAGAGACACUCCAAAGAUAUAAAGAAACAUCAAGAGGAUAACGUCCUGCAUGAAGGAAAGCUUUUGAGGGAGGUGAACAGUCUUUCUGAGAAGAACCACCAGUUAAAGAACAAGCUAGAAGAGCGUGAGCGACGCUGCAAAUCUCAGCAAGAUCAAAUCUUUGAGCUGAAGCAAGAGCUCACAAACUCCACUGCAGAGCUGAAACUACGCUUAGCCCAGGCUGAAGAGCGCUUGGACAUGGAGAAGAGAAGAGCCAAGCAGGCUCUUGAAGACAUGGACAGUUUACGGCAGAAAGAGGUAGAUCACAUUAACAGGCAUCUGGAAGAAAGUGAGAGAGCUCUACAAGAUCGUAUUCUCAAACUGGAGGGUCAGCGGAUCCAGCUGGAGGAGGAGCUGAGCCGAGUGAAGGCCGCUAUAGUGACGGAGAGAGCACAGGCAGAGGAAGAGCUCGGGAAAGUGAGAACGCAAGUGCGGCUGGAGGAGCAGCAGCAUCUGAGCAGCAUGGAGGAAAAGCUCCGGAAUGCCCGCCAGGCCCGGGACGAGGCUCAGAGCCACUGCACCCAGCAGAAGCAGACCAUCGCUGAGCUGCAUGCACGUACAGGCCAGCAGAGCAUCGAGAUGGACGCCCUGCGCCGCAGAAUAGACGAGCAACAGCAGGAGCUGUCUGGGAAGGAGCAGGAGAAGAUGGCGGAGGUGGCGCGGGUCAGGGUGGAGCUGCAGGAGCAGAUUGGCCACCUUCAGGCUGAGAGGACGGCUCAGAGCAGCCUGAAGGAGAAGAUCGCUGCUCUGGAGAGAGAAAUGAAGGCACUUAGUACCUCCCACCGCGAGGCUCUUCUGGAUAAAGAGAGUGAGAUAUCGUCUCUGCUGGAGCGUCUGCGCAUGAAGGAGGGCGAGAUUCAGCGCAUGCGUGAAGACGAGGCACAGAGGGCCAGCUUCCUUCAGAACGCUAUCCUUACGUACGUCCAGGGCUCCACGCUGGGACACCUCAGUCCCAAAAAAUAACCCGCUGGAGACAGAGACACGGACCAAUUCAAGCUAGACUCCUACACAUGAACUAUCUCCAGUUUCCUCCAUAAAUACACCUGGGUGGUCUUAUUGUGUCUUAUGAAUUUGUACAUUGUAAAUACGAUGACAUAUCACACAGCUAUAAAGAUGAGAUAUCAUUUAGAGCAUUAUAUUGGUCCUUUCAUCGUGGAAUGUUUACAUGCUGUAAAGCAGAGCUGGUGUUUUCAAACAGUACAGUCACAGCGAUGAUAUUCUUACCGAUAUGCAUAUAUCUUUGGUAUAUCUGUGGUAUUAUGAUUUUUUUUUUCUCUUCAACAUGAAUAAAUUAUUUUAUUAAACCUCUUCACCCUAACCAGCCGAUAUCUCAGGAUAAGCCAUUUCAAGCAAGGCUUUUUUGGAACAAAUGCAACAAAUAAUAUUUAAUCCAUAUUUUGGACAAAAACUGAGAGAGAAAUAGAGAGUUUUGAAUUUUCUGUUGUUUGCUGGUAGUGAAUGAAAGACAGGUCAAGAUUUUUGCUAUUUUAUACUUGAAUAUUUCUUGUAUUGUUUUUACACAAUAAAAUGU